UUUGUGCCAGUGUGAGGAGCUGUUUUUGAACUGGAGCAGAACGGGUUUGCCUGCUAACUAAGUUUCCCUACAAGGCUCAGUGACACCUGCUGCUGCUCUGUUAGUUCAGUGGAGAGGACAGGGUGCUCGCCGUUGACUCGACACAGAGAGAAGGAAGAGUUAGAGAUGGCUGCAACUACUGCCCAGCCUAUGGGGAGCCUGCCCAGCGGGCUGGGGAUAUGCACCACAGCCCCAGAUAUAUUUUACCUGCCUGAACUGGUGUUUGGUGGUUUGGUGUGGAUUCUGGUGGCGUCGACCCAUGUACAGCCUCCGAACCCUCUGGGCUGGGUGAUGUUUGUCUCUGUCUUCUGCUUCGUCAUGACAUUCCUCUGGUUGAUCAUCUUCGCUGCUGGAGCGCAUAAAAACAGCCCUGGCUGGGCUGCUGUCGAUUUAGCUUACCAUGGCCUGGCGGUAUUGUUCUACCUCAGUGCAGGGGUGGACUUGGCUUACAUCACCUUAAUGAAGAAAUCAGGCGAAUUAAGAAUCUACCAGAUUGACAUCGCUGCUGUGGUGUUUGCCUUCUUGGCCACACUCCUCUACUUCCUCCACACAAUCCUCUCCUCUAUCCGAUGGAAAACCUUCUGAAAAGCGAUGCUGACACACAGGCCUGGGUUUCCAAGAAGUACUAUGCAUCCUGUGUUUGUGUGUGCGUGUGUGUGUUUAUGCCUUAAAACAUUAAAGUGCCCAUAUUAUG